AUGUCUUCAUCAUCAUCCACUUCCUCCGCCAAACAACCUCAAGCCAAGCAAGUCUUGGCGAUCGUAGAAAAGAUCGGAUUGAAAAUUGGAGUAGUAAAUGGAGGAAAGAGUCUUGAAAACAUGUUAGAUACUCAUUUGCCACAGUUAUUAACAUUAUUGGCUUUUCCCGAUAAUAGUGUUCGGACCAAAGUGAUUGAAGUGUUGAGUAAUACAGUAAAUAAGAGAGUAAAACUAGAAACGUCCAUUAAAUUACCAUUCGGCAAGAUUUUGGAAUUAUUUCAAAAGGAAUUAUCUAAUUCGUUCAUCAAGAACUUUGCAGUCAUGUACUUGGACAUGGGCUUUCCGCAAUUAAGCUCAUCCGAGAUCAAUGAGUAUUUACCAUCCUUCUUCCAGGCUUUACCUUUACUUGCUUCGAACGUGUCAGGAAGCGAUAUCUCUCUUUCGAAUCGACAACAUCAAUCCAUGUUUUUGAGAUUUAUUUUAGAGUCUUUGGGGCAUAUUUCAUAUCCUGAAAAAGAAGAAGAUGCUCUUGAGAAAUUUCAAGAUAUCCGAAAUAAUGAAUCUGGAGCUCUUGAUAUUUUCUUAGACUUUGCAACAGAUUUCAUGAUGUUCAAGCCGUCACAAAAAUCACAAGGAACUCUCCAAUCGGUCAUACCCAAUGGAUUGAAUAUGAUGAAAAUCAAGAGAAUUCUUGGAAGUAAGGAAAACAUGGAUGCUCAAGAAGUUCAAACGAAGAAAAUGCAACUCAUUGACUUUAUCACAAAGAGUACAUGCUUUUCAGAGAAUCAACAAUUUUUAAUAUUAUUGAUUGGAAUGUCACAACAAGAGUCAACGGACCAGCUCGGAUCUAGAUGUGACGUUCUAUUGAAGAAAUUGAAUCCCGACUUUGAAGAGUCAGCACUCGUCGACAAACUCUAUGCGCUCUAUCUAGGAGAUUCUUCAAACGGUAUUUCACAAGCUUCCCUCCCACUCAAAUACAAGAUUUUGACCUACUUAUGUAAAUCAACCCAGGCCGCAAACCACUUCCCAGAAACUCAUCUCGUUCUCAUGGAUUCAUUAUUUAAUGAAUAUGCCUCGAUGAAAUUGCGUGGUUUCGGUAUGCAAUUCUUCAUGUGGAUCAUUCAGGAAGGAAUUACGAUUGAACCCAAGUAUGCCUCUGAAGUUUUUAGUUCCAUUCUUUCCAAUGUAAAUAGAUUGUCCUCAUCAGGUUCCAACACUACUGCUCUUUCCUUGAAUGAUAUCACCAUUCUCAAGGAAAACAUGUAUACUGCACUCGGUUCAUUCACCAGAAAAUUUCCCAAUUUUGUUCUGGAUCGUUUUGAUUUAGUGGAACGAUUUUUCGACGCUCUUGCCUUUGAAGACUUAAAUGUUCGCGUUGCUGUGUUGCAAGGACUCAGUCAUUUAACGCACGCUUUCAAAGUUUUGUUCAUGAAUAAGCCUGAGAAUGAGAUUGCUGACUUGAAAAAACAGUUCGAAAAUUUGUUUUAUGAAUGGAUUGUUGAGAGAAAUACUGGCCUUACAGAUCUAUUGAGAGGUGGUACAUCACAAUAUCAGAAAAUGACACCCUCUGCUAGAACAGCUGUGACUUCUGCUGUUUUGAGAUGUGCCAAUAACUUGUUCCCAUUCGACCACGUCAUUUCAAGAUUUUUGUGUUUGUUUUGUACAGCUGGUGGUUUCGGUUCAACAACAUCGUCGACUGACAAUCAGAGUCAUCAAAUCCGAGAGGAAUGCGGGAAAGGAACUGAUAUUGAAAAAUUCACCAAGUUUAGGCAAUUAGAUCAUUGGAUCUUACAAAAGAAAUCAAAUGAAGAGAAUAACAAGAAUACUGACAUGGAUGUCGAUACAAAUUCUGACAGCACCGAAGAAAGCAACAGCUUGCCCAUGUUCAAAACUGUACAUUUCACAUAUCCCUCUUUCAAAUCGAUGGUCACCUUUAUUUAUGACUUUAUGGCCAAGUUUGACGUAUCCAUCACCAAGAGUACCAGUAUGCCUGCUUUAAACAAGAUUGUCACACCUUCUGCACAUUCUGCCAUGAUCAAUUUCUGUUUUGAUUGUUUAAAAGAAGAGACCAAACAACAAAAUAUUUCCAUGUUGCAACUCAUUCAAAAUAUGUCUACGCAAUCCAACAAUAUGAACGAUGAGAAUGAAAAGGAUGAUUUUGAGAAAUUCCUGUACAUUAUUGAAAAGUCAUUUGAUGACAAGAUAUUGCUGCAAUCAGGCUCAACAUCUAAUGCCACAGAUCUCUUGCGUGAAGCUACUGAUACUUUGCUAAAACUUUUACUGUCCUUGAAGGACCGAAAAGAAUUCAUCGAGCAUAUUUCAAGGAGAUUUAGUUUCCUAUUAGAGGACAGAGGUCCAUUCCUCUUCGAUAUCAUGAUUGGAAAUUAUGAUGAAAUUGCGAGAGAACAUUUCUCCAAGUUUAUUGCAUUGUUAUUUAUUUUCGUGAGACAAGAUCCCAACAAAACUCAACAGUGUGAAAAGUUAACUGUGUUGUGGAGAGACUUUAUUCAACGCCAACUGACAUCAUUUUCAUUAUCAGAUCAUAGAGGAGAAGCCAAUGCAUUGGGAAGUAUUCUCACAGUUGCAAAUGUGAUCAGUUUGAAUUAUUGCUUGAGUUAUAAUGAUCACAACGAGCCUUAUCUGAUUGAUUCCUUCCAACUCAUCCUUGACAUUAUUACAACUAUUCCACUUUCAAAUGUUAGAGAGCCACUUCAUCAAGCUUGUUACUACGCAUUGGGUGAAAUGGGAAAUAGCGGAGCCUUGCAACAUUAUUUAUUGAAAUUUAUUAAUCAACAAACAGCGACAACUUUGGGUGAGACAACACCAUCUCCAACCGCGACAUCUACCAGUGAGGACCCAAAAAUCAAAUCCAUGAAUGAGUUAACAUCAAUACUUGUUAAAAGAAUUGAAAAAUAUGCAUCGCUUGCCCGUCAAAAGAAUGCUUCAAUUUCAAACGAGAAAAUACUCGAGAAGUUGAUCACUGCAGUGGGUCGCUUAACUAUUGGAACUUUACCACAAAAUGAUCCUAAUGUUACUUCUCACUUGGAAGCAUUUAUUUCUCAACUUUUCGAAUUGAACAAUGUGAAAUCUGCCUCAACGAAUACGGGAACUGGAGGUUCAUCAAGUAGCAGUAGUUCUAGCACAACUACUUCCUCAUCGGCAACUCCACAAGUUUCCAUAGAUGAAAACAUUUCAUUUACUGUUGGAGAAGCACUUUCACUCAUGUCAGGAGGUCUCAAAUAUUGCACUCUUUCACAUUCUGAUAGUUAUUAUGAAAUUUACAAGAUGAAGCAACAGUUCACAUCAGAACAAGAAGAAAACGAACACUAUGACUCUAGAAUGAGAUAUGUUCUAACAAGACUGGUCAGAGAAUGCGUAUUGAAUCCGAAAAAAAUCGUUCGUCAAGCAUCCAGUAUUUGGCUUCUUUCUGUGACAAGAUAUAGCGGUGUGAACAAUGAGUUCUUUAGAAAGUACAUUAAAGAGGUUCAAAAAGCAUUCUCACUGCUAGUGACCGAAAACAACGAGGUGACGUCUGAAGUAGCUGGACGAGGUCUUGGUUACGUGUAUGAAAUGGCUGAUCCUUCGGAUCGAAAAGCACUUGUUUCUUCUCUCAUGACAUUCCUUAUUGGAAAUAAGAAGCCACAAAAUACAGUCCAAGACACAGAAGAGCUUGUAUUGUUCCCUGCAGGUGAAGAACAUCAGAAGGGAGGAAAGAACGCUCCAACACUAUCAACCUACAAGGAACUUGUUGAUGCGGCUACUGAUAUUGGAAGACCAGAAAUGAUAUAUCAAUUGUUGGCUGUUUCUAAUCAUAACGCAAUUUGGAAUGCCAAGAAGGCGUAUGCCUUUUCAAUUUCUUCAAUUUUAAGCAGCGUGACCGGUGACAGUUUAAGCAAUGAAGAGUUUGAAAAAGCAAUGCCUCAAUUAGUUCCUAAAUUGUAUCGUUUCUUAUUUGAUCCAAAUCCUGCAAUUAGCAGCUCAAUGAAAGAAAUGUGGAAGUCUUUGUUUGGACAAAAUGAAACUGACAAAACCAAACAGAAUAUGAUUACGUCCAAGUAUUUGCCCAGAAUUAUGAGAGAAAUAUUGAAUGGAUUAAAUCAGGAAUUGUGGAGAAUACGAGAAGCCUGUUGCUAUGCAGUUUGUGAUCUGUUUGGAGGAGGAAGCGCAAAAACCUUUGAAGAAAUGGCUCCCUACAUUAAGGAGUGCUUUCAAAAAGUUUGGAGAGUAACUGAUGACAUCAAAGAUACAUGCAGAAAAGCUGCCAAUAGUGCAUUACAAAGAUUGAGUGCAUUUGCCAUCAAAUCAUGCAAUCCAACCUAUACAAGCAAGAGAGAAAAUGUGAGUCGAGCUUUGUCUAUCGUAAUUCCUCUUCUACUGCAUGAAGGUUUGCUCUUUCCAUUUAAGGAUGUUGUUUAUGUGAGUCUUUCCACACUUAAAGAAGUUGUUCAUGUCAGUGUACAGUAUAUCAAGCCGCACAUUUAUGACAUUAUAUCGACCAUCCUUCAACAAAUGUCUGUUUUGGAACCGGCUGAGUUUAAUUAUUUGCAAAUGAAUGCCGAAAGAUAUGGUAUUUCAGUGGAGCAAUUGGAAUCAUUGAGAUUGUCUGCAAUGUCUAGAAGUGGUCCAUUAUCAGAAAUUAUCAUGGAUUGUGAACGACACAUUGACGAAAGUGUCCUGCAACAAUUAGUUCCAAGUUUAUUAGAAAUUUUACAACUUGGAGUUGGACUACAAACACGUGCCCAUUGUGCUAAAUUUAUUUCUCAUUUAGGAAAAUUCCAAGGAAGAUUCCUGAAAGACUAUGUGAAUGAAAUAGAUGCUGCCAUUAUGAGCGCCAUACUUCAGUCAGAAUCCAUCGCAGAGCGUAAAGAACUUGCCACUGCUUUGUCUCAAGUUGUGAAGAAUGGUAAAGCAUCCGAAGGAAAGCGAGUGUUACAAGAAAUUCUUGCACUCUACACUCAAGAAGAAGGAGUCAUGAGCCAAAGUCAUGAAAAUGAAAUGUCACGAUCUUCUGCGGAUGAAUUGCGAUUGAUUAGUGCCAUGAUAUUGGAACAAAUUAGCAAAAAUUGCCCCAUUCUCCUUAAAAAGUUUUACGAUAUUGCUCUUCCUAUCAUGUUCAUUGCAAGACAUGAUAAAAAACUGCAUAUUAAGGUUGUGGUCGAUAAAUGUAUCGCUCUGUUGGAUCAUCCCACUUGGGAGUUGAAAAGACAAGGCGGUAGUGCCCUCGCAGAAGUUUCAUCUUCAUUGGGAGUAUUGUUGAAUGAGAAACAGGGUGAAAGAGAACGAAUGAUUAAUGCCUUGUUGAAUUCCAUUGUAGGAAGAGUAUGGGAAGGAAAAACUGUCUUGUUGAAAGCGCUUGGAAGUAUUUGUGAAACCUUUGUUUCAAAGGAAGAUCAAUCAUUGUCCACCAGCAAUCAACAAGAAAUGAAAAUUCUUGAAUUGUUACUGAAAGAAUGUAAAAAGAAAGAUCUCGAUUACAAGUGUGAAGCAUUGAAAGCGUUCCAUUCUGCAGUGAAAACUUUACAUUUCACUACUCAUUUCAUUUCACAAGAAUUUUAUGAGCAAGCAAAAACAACCUUCUUAGAGGAGAUGCAAAAUAUUGAAAAGGAAGAGGAAGAAGAAAUUCGUUCGGAAAAUUCAAAUGAAAAGAGAACAGAACGAGUGAACAACGACAAGACCUAUCAUGAGGAAAAACUGAAACGAGAUUUGAAAUCGAAUAAGAGAGAAGCAUGUCUUGUCCAAAUUAUUCACAUUUUAUCUUACUUGGUUCCAUCUUCCAAAACAAAUGUUUCAAAUGAAGAGCGAAAGAAAGCACUCGAAUGGAUUUUCCAUCAAUUCUUGGCACCUCGUUUAACCUUAUAUUUAACCCCUCCUAUGAACAAUGCCUUGUUGAGUGCCUUGUUGCAAUAUGUGAAAUUAAGAAAGAGACUUUCACAAGAAUUACCUUUUAUAGAUUUGGAAGAACAACAGAAAAUUCUGCAACUCUUAGUGUUCAAUAUUGAUCCAAACAAUAGACAAGUCAACGUGAGACCAGUAGCAUUUAACACUUUGAAAGAGGUGUAUUCACAAAUGAUUUGGGAUGACUCUCACUCUUCACUGAAAUCCAUGUUGAAAACACAACUUGAGGAAAUUUCCAAACGAAUCAUGGAACCACUUUUGCACGAUCAAGUGACCAAUUUUUCAAAACAAUUGCAAUAA